AAAGAAGUUCCUAAAUAACAUGAAGUGCUGGUCUGGUACUGGCCACAGACUCCCCUGUAUCAGUGGCAGCCUCUUGGUCCCUCUUUGCAGAGCACAUGGAAAAUCAGUCCCUGGUUUGCAGCAGCUGCCCAGACAGCACCAUGGGCAUUGUCUGGAGGAGCCCCUGCCCUGGCUCACGCCCCUGGCAGACCUGGCAGCAUCCUCAGUUUUUCAGGGACGCUCUCUGCAGCGCUGGUGCAGCCCUGGAGCAGCGGGCGGCUCCCUGAGGCCCUGCCAGGGGCCAUGGCUCUGCUGCUGGCAGCGGCACAAGUGCUGCUGCUCCUGGGGCUGCCCGGGCACUCCCAGCGCCUCUGCUCGCCCACUGCCUUCUACAAGAACUGCUGGAUCCGGCGCUUCCCAGGCCUCCUGGUGGACCUGCGGGAGUCGCGGAGGAGGGGAGCGCAGCUGCUGCAGGGUUAUGCAGAAACCUCCCCCCAGCAGUGCAGCAGGAGCUGCUGCCUUCUGAGGAACGUCUCCUGCAAUCUAGCAGUGUUCUACCAUGGAGCCAUUCAUGAGAACAGGAACUGCCUGCACAUGUCUUGCCCAGCUUUGGAAAGCUGCAUUCUAAAGGCUGGAGUUGAUGUCAUUUUGUACAACAUCACAGCAGGGAUUGAUCCAGAUCUUCUCAUUUUUGAGAAACUGAAAUCCCAAGAGCCAAAUUCUUACUCCUCAGCAAGUAAAUCUGAGAGGCAGCACAGCACAAAGACCCCUGAGGGGGGAAGAUGCCAACAUCACAAUGCCACCACGUCAGGUUCUCCUCUGCUCCAAGCUCCACCUGCUGCCACAAGCCAUGGCUUACCAGCAAACACUCCGAGCCCCAGCUGGAGUCUGAGAGUGCAGAGAACUGAAGGUACUGCCUAUUCCAGGGCAGACACUUCCCCAGCAGCCAUUGCUUUUGCUAAGAGGACAAGCAGCAUGUCGGUCACCAGCUCAGACAAGAUUGCACACGCAGCUUUGAGCCCCAAGCCUGCCCAGGUGUUAUCCCACGUGCCCACCCCUCCUCGCCUGAACAGCAGCAAGCAACACCUCAAUGAAACCAAAGGCUCCAGUGGGAGGAAUUCCACAUCAGACAACGAGGCAGCUGCCUGGGAAGCUGCAGCUUUGGGGGUCUGGCUGAUUCCUGUUGUCCUUUGCUCCUCUCUCCUCUGCCUGUGCUGUUGCACUGUUGCCCUCACAGCCGGGCGCUGCAGCUACAGGAGGGGUCACUAUAAACCUGUAAGGACAAGAACAACCAUGUCCAGACAGCUCAUAAAAUAUGCUCCUGUCAGAGGUAAUCUGUGAAACACCAUCCUGGUUCUGGAACAAUCAGAAUUUUAAAAAUGCACCCCAUACACCAGCUUACUUCUCUCACAGAAGCAGGGAUAAAAUAGUUCAGAAUGUUUUGGUUAUGAUUUACUUCUCAGCAGAUGAAGCACACCUCCCUAUCUGUUUAGGCAGGAAACACCCAGUCACAGCUCCCAUUGUUUGAAGCAUUUUGGUUCAUAAUCUGACGCAGAUUAAUGCCUGACAAACACUGUAACACUUUCCCCCAGGUUCAGUGCAGCUGCAGUGUUGGCAUGUCUGUGUGGCAGAGAAUUAUUUAACUGGAUGAGAAAUCCUGCUAUAGUUAUUUUUGUCCUUGUCUAUUUGCUACUGAAUAAAUAAACAUCCCAUGGAAUGCAGGAAUACACAGGUCACUUAUAAAAUGGUCUUUUUGUUUGAAAUGUUCAAAAUGAUCAUGUUUUCUGCCAAAGAAAGGCUAAAUCUAAAUUCAGAGAACUAGAACUCUUUUGGUAAAGAACUAGGUCUGUACUUUUGGAUGCCUUUCUUCAAGCUGAAUACAGCCAUUAAAAUUCUGCUUGUGUUCACUUUAUAGUCUUGAGUGCUGCCAAGAAGGCAAUUCAAACUUCAACACCUUGCAGCACUCCAUUCCAAAUAGAAUUUCUCCAGAAAAUCUGGGAAUAUACAUGCCAUUAUUAUUGCUACAUAAUUGCAUGUAGUUUUUAGGAUACAGAAUUUACACGCAGAUAGCUUCAUCUAAUUUAGAUUAGAAAAAUUAUCUUUUCUUGACCUAAGCAUUGCCCUGUAGUUUCAGCUGGAUAAUUUGUUUCAGUUUUCUUAGCCUAGGGUUUUGCCAAGCAUUGCUGACUACUCUGUUAUCUUCAGUUACAGAGGCAUAGACAGUUUGUGCUAGAAUUAGUUGUUUAAUACCUGGGAUUUUUAUUGGAAUACCAACUUAUUUUUUGUUUCUGAAGACAGGAGAGUGCACAAUGUCUCCUCCCUGUUUCACCAAGUAAGAUUUGCAGUUUGAGGCAGCACUGUGGUAAAACAAUGCCCCUCACUCAUUAAUUUAUAGUGCUGCAAAGAAUGCAUUUUUUUUUGUAAAUAAAGAUUUAAAUGCAUCAAGAACAGGGCAAGAUGCUUAAAUCCAUAAUACGUAUAUAUUUAUGAUCUAUUGUUGAACUUGCAGCCACAAAAGCCUGUCUAAGGAACUUAGCUCUUACAGUAUCAGUGUGGAAACAAACUGUGAACGUGGGCCAUCACCUUUCUACUCUGUACUGUAAAGAUAUUACUGUUCUCAGACAAUAUUACAGAGCUCAGCUGAAAACUGACAGGUUCUAUCACAUUGCAAUCCCUUCCUUACCUGAGACUUGCACUAAUUUGAUGUCCCCAAGUCCUUAAGUGUCCAUUCUUCCAGUUCAGGCUGAGCUGUGCACUGAGUGCCCCACAGAGCAUCUGCUGACAGCAGAAUCAGUAGUGCCUCCAGCUUUUUUAGCUCCUCUGUGCUAUCAGUCAGCCUCCAGAGCAGCUUGAGUCAAGGAGAAAAAGAAGAAAAGCUUGUGGGGUGGAUACAGAUGUAGGAUUUUUUAAAAUAGAAUAAGUCAUAGGUAGUUAAACACUUGCUUUCAAAAAGGAGGGUUUUCAUCUCCCUUCCCUCUCAGAAAAGUAACUCCCUGCCUGCAGCAAGCCACAGGCAUUCCUGGUUCCUUGUUUUUUUAUCUCCAGAUUAGUGAUUGUAGAGUGCACUUCAGAGCACACCUCAGUUCUUACCAGAAAAAGAUACAGGAGACAAAAUGAAAAAUGCUAUCUGUCCCACAAGCAAAUGCUUCUGGGACAGCAGGGAAUGAUUAAAGCAAGAUUAUGUUCUGAAGAGAUUUCUUGGUUUGUUGACAGAGAAAAAAAAAAAUUGGCAGACAAAGGGUUAUAUGAAGCACAAUAGCAAAGCUAUUUCAUUACAGACUAAGAGAGUCACAAUAAAAUAAAUAAAUGAAUACAUUUUAGGUAUGAGGGAAAGCAAGAAAUGGGUAGCAAGAUGAUUUUUGCAGACAGCACAUCCCUUUUUAGGCAACUGCCCCUUUAUCCCUUUGUUGUGCUUGUAGCAUCACUAUGCCUGAAAACAGGGGGGAAAAAAAUCCACUGUUAGGAAUGUUUAUAUGGGGGAUAAAAGGAAAGUUUCCACAGGUGUGCACAGAGGGGUGCACACUUCAGUCAUUUACAUUGUAAUGCACAUGACACAUUAAUAAGUGACCAGUGCUAAAGAUGUAUUUAUUAUUGUGCUGCAGUGCUGCUUUAACCUGCAAAUCUCUUAAUCUCUAACUCUUCAGUUUUUAAACUUUAGCACAGGCUUCCAGAGAAAUGGAUGAUGCAAAAGUAUUAAAAAAAUACUUAAAAAUACUUAAAAAAAACUUUAAAAAUACAGUAAAAUAGAGAUGUGUAGUUUACUUCUUAAAAAUAUGUGCUGUAUUUUAUAUCCUUGAGGUUGGGAAGGCUCCCACAGGAGUUAAGAUCCCAGUGUUUCAGGUAUUCUGCACAGUCACAGAGAAAUACUGUCACCUUCAAACACAAACAGUUUAGAGGGAGAAGCAGAAAAGCAGAGAGGAACAUCCAAGAGCUCAAAAUAGCAUCCAAGCUGCCUUUUGUCCUGCCCACUGCAUUACACAAGUUCUGUACUGUAACAUAGAAACCAUCAGUAAAAAUCACAAGUGUAAGUUUGAGUUUUAUCCCAACAUUGCUCUUGGCCAGUAGGCAUCACCUGUUUUUGGGAGAGACACUUGGUGCUCAGCAGUCACCUUAAAUCCUGCUUUAUUACUUGAAUCGUUAAUAGGAUGUAUGUAAGUUAGGUUUGAACACUUCAGAGAGAGCUAGAGAAGCCUGUACAUUUUAGGUUUUCCAUAAAUUAUCUCUGAAGCUAAUGAAAAAGUCAGUUUCCCUUGCUGUGCUGUUCUUUCUACCAGACAUUAUUAUUAUUGAUGAGGUCAAAUUGUUGUUUCAGCCAUGACUUCCAGAGUUCUGCUUGAGUCCAUUCUGUGAAAAGCAAAGGAAAACUGGAAUGUCCUCUGCUGCAGAAGAUUCUCUCAGGUGCUCACAUGUCCUGAGUACAGAAGGACAGCUUUGUGGAGAAAAGCAAACUUAGGGGAUUUGGGGUUUCUUAAGACAUUUCAGGGCCUCGCUCCUGCCAGCCUUGUAUACACCACUGGCUCCCCAGCUGGCUCCUAGGGCAGCCCUUGUGCAGACACUGACAAAGCUAAUUAAGGAAACAUUUCUCCUGUGCACAUACUAGAACCAAACUGCCUCUGGAACAGAGCCAGGCACAACUUCAGGCACCAUUCUUUUGAGUCAAACUGCACUUACUUCCUCAGUUGUUUUGGUUUCAUGGCUGUUCAGAGAAGAUUUGGAAUUAUACAGAUGUUCCCAUUUCAAAUGGAAAUUUUAAACAUUACCCUCCUUGUCCCUGGAUAAAGGAGUGACCUGAUAACAGCUGAAACUUUCCCAUAUUAAGCUUCUGCUAAAAUUUUACAUUAAUACACAUCUAAAAGGAAGGACUACUGAAGAACCAGGUCAGUCAGUGCAAAAUUGGGAUUACAGGACAAACAUUUUCAGUCUUAGUACAGCUCUGGCAAAUUCUCAUAGGAAUUAAAAUGCUGCAUUAAACUUGGUCUCUCACCAUAUGAAAACAAUCCUGACCUAAGAAGAAUCCUUCCUAAAGUGACAGUGUUUUGGCAGUGGGAACAGAUGCACUCCCUGGCUGUAUGUACACACAGAGCACACAGUGAGAAAUCCUAGCAGGGAGUGAGUCCAGCACACAGAAUGCUGCAGGAAUCAAUUCCCCUCAGCUUUCAAUGUCUUUAUUCUUACCCUGCUUCUGCUCAACGAGCUGCUGGCAUGGGUAACUCUUUUAUAGGUAUGCAGAAUCCUGAACUCCCUCUGCCCCUUCUAGGGAAUGACUUUCUCUCUAAGUUGAAAUCUUACUAAGCCAGGAAGGUAGAAUAAAAGCAUGAUUUAUUUUUGUCCUUUCAAGGUUUGGUAGGGUUUUUUUUUCGUAAUUGUGAGAAGGCAAUAAAAUUGUGAUUCCAGAGUUUUAAAUCAAUUACAAAUUAUCAAAGAUAAACAUCGAUAUAAUCCUUUCUCUGUGCUACCUAGGAUGCUACAAGCUUCUUUCUUUCCUUGAAAAGAAAGGCUUUUCCUUGAAAAAUCUGGGUACAUUCAAGAGAGAAGUCAGCAGGCCUGAGGGUAACAAGGCUCAGUCCAUUCCUAUUAAGUUACAAACACACCUCACCAACUCUCAUCAUUCUUCCUGUCCCAGGUACUCUGGGAUCUUCUCAACAACUGCUGGUUCACUUUCCCACUACCAUCCCAUUUUCCACCUUAUUUUACUCCACUAUUUUAGAGACAGGUGCUUUUACAUAGGAUAUUUUUUUGCCCUCACAAUAACUGAGAACUUCAACUGUCCAGAGUGCUUCAACAUCUGUCCAAGUCAGACUCUUAGGUAACAUUACCCUCAUUUUACACAUAGACAAAAAUCUGAAAGGAUUGGAAAAGCAUUUAGAGCUCCUCAUUUUCAGACUUUUAAUUAAUGGAACUGGAAGUAUUAACUAAUUUCAUUAGUUUUGACAUUGUUGCUCUAGGUUAAAUGCUCAAAGAAGUGUGAGAAAUCAGAAUGUGAUUAAGCAGAGGACUGAACUGAUCAUGCUAACAAAACACAAAAUAAAACAUUCAAGUUACCAGUAUGAAUCCAAACAUACUUUAUUCAAAGAUUCAUGGACAGGACUUAACUCAUAGUCAACUUUUUGGCUCAAGUUCUGAAUAAUUAUACAUCCAUAUCAUCAGAAAUACUAACACAGUAGUUGAACAUCUCUGUAAUGAUCAGGUGUACCUGCAGAUCUGCUCUUCUCAUGCUUGUAUAUUCAGUAGUUUCUUCACAGACUCCUUGUACUGAGACAUGUUACUUUCUGUUUCACCUUCAUUUUUAAGCGCAAUGACUGAGUUUCUGUAAUUCUUAACUACUUCAGAUGCCAGCAGCUCUUCCUUAGUGACAUUACUGACAUUCUCUGAGGCUUUUAUUCGAAGCAGUGUGUCCAAGGCAUUUUUCUGAGAGCGACUGUUUUCCCAGGUAUAUUCUUCCAUGUCUUCCUCAGACUUCUCGCUCUCCCACUUCUCAGUUUUCUGAAAGAAAAUGCACAACCUUAAAAACUACCCAGGAAACAAAGCAACAAUAAUUUGAAGAAAUUGAUCUCUCAUAGCGAUUCCCUUUAAAAGCUGCAUUCAUGGUGGAAGGUAUUUCCUCCUCUAGAGUGCAAGGCUUGUAACUCAAGCCUGUAUGAGCAGGAUGAACUCCUUUCUCCCACUCAUCAGGUUCCUUCUGUACCUGGCAGAUACAAUUGGCUGAGUCAGAGUAAGAGAAAAUGCUUAUGGACUGUACUUAAUGAGUAACUAAAAACCUUGUAAAAGUAGUAAUUUUAAAGAGCCCUUAACACUGCAGUUCUGGGAGCAGCCACCCAGCAUUAUGUCCCUAGCACAGGGUUCUGGUCUGCCUGCACUGGCUGGUGGGAGGAAACUGAGACACUGCCUAAUGAGUAACCCAUGAUGUGAUUCAUGAAGAAAAGCACCACCAACAAAUCCAUUUCUUCUUCCUGCAAAAUACAUUGCUCAAGAGAAUCUCUACCCACAAGGUGCUGAGCAUUACCUAAUCAGUGCUGCAAAAUUAGACAGGAUCACAAGUAGGGUACUGACAUAAGACACCAUCCCAGUGCCUGUAAAUACACUUCUUCUGUAUCAAUUCUGUCUUUCAAUAUCUCUCCAGCAGGUCUUGAAAGAAUCUUUAAGGAAUAUUUCAAAUGUUGUAACUUGCUGGUUUUUAUUGUACUUUAAUAAAUACAGAUGCUUCAGUGAUACAUUUGCAUUUUUAUAUUGCAGGCUAUAUGUUUGAGUAUUUAUAUUAUUUAGUACUUUACUGUUGUAACCAAUAUGUCAUAACUUUAUAUUACCUCAUCUAUGUAUGAAUCACAAUUUGAAGUAUUUUGGGUUUAGUUUUGCUAAUCAUGUUUUUCUUGCAAUUGUUAUAAAAUCACACCUAAAUAAAAUUUGCAUUUCUCUGGAAA